AUGGCGUCGACGAUCGCCCCUCCCCCUCCGCCCUCGGCGCCGUACUGCUGGGACCUGCCUCUCCCGGAACUGAACCACCUCCACUAUCCAAACACCGUCAACUGGACCGUCCCUGCCGAUUGCAAGCUGCUCGACGGCUCGACCACCCCCGCCUGCUACCGCGAUUGCGACUACUUCGCCGGGUUCGACCAAACGGACCUCGCCCUGCAGGACGCGGAGACGCACGCGCGGCGCUUCCGACCGCCCCACCACAGCCCCAAGUGCGAUGAGCCCCUCGCGUGGAUGGACGGCACGAACGCAUCCACGCAGUGCGGCGGCUGCAGCCUCGAGUGCGUCGUGGGCAUCGCGGCCGCCAUCGCGAUCUGCGUCACGCUCUCCUGCCUGCUCGGCAUGUACCUGUACCUCCGCAACCGCUCCAAGCCCCCCGGGGACAUCGAGGCGGACGACCAGUUUGACACCUUCGGCAACGGCAACGGCUUCGAGCCCUCGCUCAAGACGCCGCGACCCUCGGGUGCCGGGGCCCCCGCGUACGUGUUUGAGCCCUCGCUCAAGACGCCGCGACCUUCGGGUGCCGGGGCCCCCGCGUACGUGUUUGAGCCCUCGCUCAAGACGCCGCGACCCUCGGGGGCCGGGGCCCCCGCGUACGUGUUUGAGCCAUCGCUCAAGACGCCGCGACCUUCGGGGGCGCUGCAGCCCGAAGAGCACAGCGCCGCGGCACGAUUCGAGCCGUCGCUGACGACGACGCGCAACGCGAUCCCUCUCUCCGCGAGUCCCCAGUCGAACCAACCUAUCACAUCGAGCCCGUCGGACCGAGUGUCUGAGGUGGACGCGCACAAAGAGCUGGGCAUGCUGGACAAGCUGCAGCGGCAGCGCUCCGAUCAGAUCGACAAGCAGCCGUCGUGGGAGCGCCGGCAAAAGAUUGCCAAGUCUCCCAGGCCCUCCCCUCAAGGCUCGAGGAGCCCCUCGACUGGCUCCAAGGCACCCUCCGCGGACGAGCCUUCCGGAGGAACCCUUGGGUUUUCGGCAAGCGGCGCCCCUCCAGGCUACCCAUUUCCGAGCCACGGGAGCUGGGAGGCGAGCGUCGAGUCGAAGCAAUGGACAACGCCACUGUCUCCUCCCAUGAACUGACCUCGCCCGUCGGAAGCCCGUGGGUCUGAAAGACCCUUCGUCUGACGAGCCCCCGACUCAGACGGAGAGGCCGAGGCUGCUGAGUUCCACACUCAUGCGGCCCGACCGACGGUGCCAGAAAAACCGAGGAUGAAACGGGUCCGCGGGGAAGUGGGCCAGGCUUGAGGAGGCCUCCCGCCCGCCUCUCCCGCCAGCCAAAACGCCAACGGCCUCGUGUGUAUGUGUGUUCUUGUCCCUCCGCACGUUGUGCGGUUGGGGCUUGGGCUUGCGUGUCUGAGGACUGUGGACUGAGGCUCACUGUGUGUGUGCGACGAGUGUGUAUGUAACUCUGUACACUGUAG